AAUCAAAACUAUGUGAGAGCGGUGUUCUUGAAUGAAAUAUUAUAUAUACGUACAGUACAAACUUAUAUAUAUUGUACAAUUUUGAAAGUGUCCUGACAGCCGCAAUACGGAAAUUUGCGGGAAUGAAUAAGAACAUAUUUAAGCACAUCGAUUUACAUAAUGAAAACCAUGAUACCAAAUUAAAUGAUUUACAAAACAAAGAUAUGGAGUUAUUUCCUUUCAAACUUCAUUGGAUUUUUGGUUAUAAUACAAAUGUUCCCAUUAUAAAUACAUCAUCUGCUACUGUUAAGGGGAUUUUCUUUGCUGCUGGAUCUAUUGGAGUUUGGUAUGAUUGGAUUGAAAACAGACAACAUAUGUUUUCUGGUCAUGUCAAUGAUAUUUCUUCAGUUGCCAUAACUAAGGACAAAACUUACAUAGCUACUGCAGAUUAUGGAAUGGAAAAUUCUUUAAUUAUAUGGAAUGCAAGAAAUGGAAACAUUGCUUUCAUUGUAUCUGGAUAUUUUCCUAACGAGGGUGUUGCAUGGAUGUGUUUUUCUGAAGAUGGAAAUAUACUGCUGACGCUAAGUGGAGGAAUUCCACAAGAAUUGUCUCUAUGGAAAUGGAAGUUACUUGAAAUGGCACCUUAUUGUACUUAUACAUUCAAAGACAAUGAUCAGUUUCAGCAUUAUACAACCUUUCAUUCAAAGGAUUCUUCUCAUUUUACAUCAUGUAGCAAAAAAGAUGUUCAUUUUUUUAAAGUGGAUGAAAGUGGAAUUGUGUCAUCAGCAUUGAAUUUGGGAAGUUUAUAUGAUGAAAAAGCUUGCAAACAAGCUGGGAAUUUUACAGAAACAAUAUUCUCAUCUUUGUCAUCCUUAGCAUUUACUGGAACUACAAAAGGAAAAAUUGUAUUAUGGAGUUGUCCACUUUAUAGCAAAGAUAAAACAGUUAAUCUGAAUAUAACUAAACUAACCUUGGAUCCAAAACAAAGAAUAUGUCUUCGCAUGAUGCAAAUAUUUGCUCCACAUUGUUCAAUAACAUUUCUUGCAACAUGUGGAGAUUUAAUUGUUGCUGGAACAAGUGAGAGUAAAGUUUGUUUUUUUGAUGAAAAUUUUGUGCUUCAGUGGUCUAUUGAAAUUGGAAGAGGUUCGAUUGUCUCAGUAUCAUUUAAUUUUAAGCCAAGGUUUACAUUUAAACAAGCAGUUCUAAAAGCCUUGGGUAAGGAAUUAGAAAAAGAAUCACCAUUAGAAAGAAAUGAUUUUAUUGUUUGUACCAGUAUGGGAUAUGCUGGGUAUGUCAACAUCUCAUCUUCUGAAAAAAGGGAUAUUCUUUUUGGAACAUCUUAUCCAAUAAGAAGUGUAACUGUCCAUCCAUCAAGGGCUUACAUGUACAUUGGUGAUUAUAAUGGUGGACUUCAGAAAUGGGAUUAUAAUACUAAAACUCUGAUGCGUAAGGAUAUAUUUCAGGAAUCAGAUGCUCAAAUUGAAUGUUUAAGCAUUGAUAAUAAUGGGACCUAUGUAGCUUGUGGGCUGCUAAAUGGAAAAGUAGUCAUUUUUGAUGCUGUUAGUUUUGCUGCUAAACCAUGUUUUACAGCUGAUAUAGGCCAUAGACUUACAACAGUCAAGUUUUCACCAGAUCCCCAACACCUGAUAGUAACUGAUGAAGCUUCUUAUGUAUCUCGCUAUCAUUUGCAUUUAAUUGUUCCUCCUGAGGUUUAUCAAAUGCUUGGCAAAGAUAAAGCACCUCCAGAAGAGCCUGUUUGGUACUAUAAUGGAAGAUCCCAUCAACAUCGAGGAAAAAUCGUGGAUUGUAUAUUCAAUAAUCCUUCGAAAAGUGGAAAUUUAUAUUUUUUCACUUUGGGAGAAGAUCAUUUUAUUAUUCAGUAUAAUAUUACAAACUCUAAAAACAUGGAAAUUGAAGUUUCUCAGCGAAUGAACUUGAAUAUAUCUUGUGUGCCUCUUUGUAUGUGCUUUUAUCCCUUGUAUGGCCUUAGUACAUGCAUUGCAAUAAUAGCGGAUGAUGGAAAGUUGCGUAUAUAUAACUUUCAGGAUGAAAAAAUGAUUAAAAUGAUUUCAAUUCCACUGUAUGAAGAGCCUUUAAAAAGGAUAAUGUUAUUAGAAUAUCCUGCUCAUUCUGCUGAUUCAAUUGAAGAGAAAGAAGCUACAAAUUUAGAGCAGUAUUUUAUAUUUUGCACUACUCAUUCAAUUGGCUUAGCCAAGUAUCCUCUUGAUGGAAAUCCUUAUGGAAGCUUGGCAUUAGCUUCUCACCCAUGUGGUGUAAAUGCUAUUAUAGCAAAUCAACAGCAAACAUUUUUAUUUACAACUGGAUUAAAAGAUUCUUGGAUUUAUAUGUAUGAAAUUAAUCACAUGGCUUUGCUGAAAUCAGAACAGAAAGGAGGAAAAGGCCUUGAUGCCUUCAAAACUUUAUUCCCAAUAAAUGAAGACCCAGAUGAGAUGAAAAAGUUACUCAUAUUAAGUGUUUAUUCUCUGGAAUCAGAAAUAAAAAUGUUAAAACUAGGUUCUGAUAAAGAAUUCUUACUUAAAGGAGAAAUCCCCAUCAAUUGUUUAGAAUAUGUUUUAUCAGCUUUAGGAUGUUUUUUGUCUUCAGAUGAGUUUCAGCUCAUGUUAAAUGACAUUGAUUUUGCCAACAAAUAUUUACAUAAUGGUAAAAAGGAGACAUUAGAUUGCUUAGAAAUUAUGAAAUUGUAUGUGAAUUAUCGUCCAAAGGAAUCUCUGACAAAAGAAAAAAUUACUCAUGCUUUUAAAGAAUUGAUUUCUUCUGAAGAAGAUCCAGAUAAAGUCAUAAAACCACAUUUUAUAAGUAUUUUAGAAUCAGGAGGUGAUCCACUUUUAGAAAGUGAACUUAUCACUAUAGUGCAGACUUUGAAAGAUACUGAGGAUGUUGUGCCUUCUGUGGACGAAAAUGCAAAAGUUGAAAGUUUUAUACAUACAAGUGAACCAGAAUCUGCAAAUAAGGAUGCUCCUGAUGAUUUAGUAAUUCCAGAUAUUAUUACAGAAGAAAUAUUUUUCCAAGAUAUUUUAUGCAUGGAAAAGGCUAAAGAAGAUUUGUCAUCUUAUAUUUUGAAAAGGGAUGAUUUUAAACUUAAGGAGAAACCUCCAAAACUCGAAGAUUUUUUGGCUGUAAUCGAAGAAAAUAAUAUGUGGGAAGACAUGGAAAGUUCUUAGUUAUUUAUGGAUAUUUUAUGAGUGCUUUUUUGGGUGCCGUUCCUAUUUCAAGUCUUUUUUUUAUUCAGGUAUUUAUUUGUAAAAUUUUUC